AUGCGUAUUUGUUCUUGGAAUAUAAAUGGUCUUCGUUCAUUGCGACAACCAUUACGAACUGUACUUGAACAACUUGACUGUGAUAUAAUUUGUUUUCAAGAAACGAAAGUUACUCGUCAAGCUCUUGCUGAAACAUAUGCUCGAAUCGAUGGUUAUCAUACGUUUUAUAGUUGGUCUCGACUUCGUGAAGGUUAUUCUGGUGUAGCUAUUUUUUGUAAAAAUUUUCUAAUACCAAUUCGAGCUGAAGAAGGACUUGCUGGAAAAUUAAAUUCAACAAUUGAUGAUAGUUUAGGUGGUGAAUAUCCAUCAAUGGAUGAGAAUGAUCUUUUAGCUAUUGAUAGAGAAGGUCGUGCAAUAAUGACUGAACAUGAACUUGAAGAUGGUACAAGUCUUGUUGUAAUUAAUGUUUAUUGUCCUCGUGUUGAUAGAGAUAAACCUGAACGAUUAACUUAUAAAUUAAAUUUUUUUUCUGCAAUUGAACAACGUGCUAAAUGCUUUUUACAACGUGGAUGUCGUGUUCUUAUUGUUGGUGAUUUUAAUGUUUCUCAUAAACCAAUUGAUACAUGUGAUCCAGGAGAAGAUCUUAAUUAUUUUAAUUCAAGUCCAUCACGUCUUUGGUUUUCGAAAUUUAUCAAUAAAAAUAUUUUUAUUGAUACAUUUCGUUAUUUACAUCCAGAUCAACGUGAAGCUUAUACAUGUUGGGAAACAUUAUCAAGUGCUCGAGUUAAUAAUUAUGGUGUACGAAUUGAUUAUAUUCUAUGUGAUGGUAUGAUAUCAACGUCACAUCUUGUUAAAUGUGAACAUCGAAUUGAUAUUGAAUCAAGUGAUCAUUGUCCAGUUAUUGGAGAAUUUAAUUUUAUAUUUAAAGAUCGUUCACAAGGAAAACCACCUUCAAUAUGUACAAAAUUUUGGCCGGAAUUUAAAGGUACACAAAUGAAAUUAAAUAAAUUUAUUGUUAAAACAAAACGAAUACGUGACGAAGAAAUCGAUAUUAAUGAUGAUAAAAAACAGCACGUAGGCGAAAUAACAGCAACAAGUCAACAAAUAAAUAGAAAAAUUAAUCAAUCAAAUGAAGAAGUUAUUGACAAAUCAACAAUAAUCCAAAAAAAACCUCCAUUAAAAAAAAUCAAAUCAGAUCAAUCAUCACUUUUUCAACAUUUCAAACGAGCUUCGCAACCAAAAAUCACUCCUUCACCAUCGUCCUCUAACAAUUCAACACCUGAAAAUACUGAAGUUAUUUCUUCAUCGAAUCCUGAAACUAACGAAAAACCAAAGAAAACAGCUACAUGGAAUCAAAUUUUUCGUCCUCCAACACCACCACCAUUAUGUUCUGGUCAUAAAGAACGAUGUGUUAUACGUCAAGUUAAAGAUACAUCAUCUGUUAAUUGGGGACGAUAUUUUUAUGUAUGUUCACGUGCUAAUGGUGCUCCUGGUAAUCCACAAGCACGAUGUGAUCAUUUCGCAUGGAAAGAAAUCAAGAAAAAGACAAUAUCAACGGAUUGA